AAGGAGACGAGGACGUCAACACCGAGGAUGAAUGGACCAAAGACGAUUACAUCAAGCAGUUGGCUGGGGACUAUGUCUCCAAGAAGAUGGCCGAGCACAGGGACGAGCUCAUCCGCGACCUCACCAAGGUGGUCUCCGCGACGGUAUCCGACCAGAUCCAGGAUUUCGCCGCCCAGCUUACUGAGCACUCUCGCGCUGCUGGGAAGUUGGCUGAAGGCGCUCAACAGCUUCCAGCCAUGGCCAAGCAAGCGACCGAGCAGCUCUGCUCCGAGAAGCUGGACGCAUUCCACCGCAAGUUCCAAGAGCAGAUGGGCGGCCACUCGGUGCGACUUCGAUCCGUCGAGCACAGGCUUGACAGGGACGCCGACGCCACACAUACCCGCACCAUGGCUUCAAAAUUGGUGGACUUGUCGGCCGUGCAACAACCCAUGUCGGACUGGAUCGUCAGCUGCGGGGUCACGGCCGAGUACUUCACGACCACAUCCAGCGAGCAGGUCGCCAAGCCGUUCACG